GAACUAUAAAAACCACUUUGACACGUCAGAUUUUCGUUCGCGAACUCAGGAACUUCCUGGAAAAAUCUGUUAAUAGAAGAUAUUUGGUGGAAAGUAAAUUUUUUCGUCGCAAUAAAUCAAAAAAAAAAGUUUAUUAUGAGACUGAAGACAAGUUUGCUGUUAAUUUUUGUUACUACAACAGUGCUGUACCAGUUUUCCGAAGGUCUGCCUGUGACAAAAAAUAAAAAGGGUGAGAAAGAGGAAAACCCCAGCGUACCCGCUACCCCAGAUGUUGAGACAGCUUUGGAAUAUGAACGAUAUUUGAAAGAGGUUGUGGAGGCGCUUGAAAGCGAUCCAGAAUUCCGGAAGAAAUUGGACAAAGCCCCCGAAGCUGACAUACGUAGUGGCAAAAUCGCACAAGAACUUGAGUACGUUAAUCAUCAUGUGCGCUCCAAGUUAGACGAAAUAAAGCGUGAAGAGGUUGAACGCUUACGCAAACUAGUGAAUAAAGAGUUCGAGCUGGAGAAUGAUAUUGAUCGCGAUCAUUUGAAAGUAUUGCAGCACUUGGAUCAUCAUAAUGAGCAUACUUUCGAAAUUGAGGAUCUCAAAAAGUUGAUCAAGAAAACGUCAGAAGAUUUAGCUGAAGCCGAUCGCAAACGACGUGCAGAGUUCAAGGAAUAUGAAAUGCAAAAAGAAUUUGAAAAGGAAACGAAAAUAAAAAAUAUGACAGAGGAGCAGCGAAAACAGUUUGAACAAGAAGAAAAAGAGAAAGAGGAGAAGCACAAGAAACACGAAAAAGUUCAUCACCCAGGCAAGUUAUUAUCCAAACGGUGCGCACGACACUUAUCAGGUAAAUGGUCAACAUCAGCUGCCAGUCGGUCAGCAGCAGUAUCAUUAUCAACAACCACAACAACAGCACCUGCAGCAGCAACAACAAUACGCACAACAACAACAGCAAUAUCAACAGUAUCCACAGCAACAAUUCCAAGGGCAGCCAGUUCAUUUAAAUCCUAAUCAGGUAUAUCAAACGGUGGGUGGUCAACAACAACAUUAUCAGCAAGCACCGCAACAGCAAUAUCAGCAAUUGCCACAACAACAAAAUCAGCAAGUGCCACAGCAACAAUAUCAACAGGCUCCACAACAACAACAAGUACCAAAGCAACAACAGUAUCAGCAAGUGCCACAGCAGCAGCAGCAGCCCCAGCAACAGCCGGCCGUACCGAAUCAGCAAGCACAACAGCAACAACAGUAUCAGCAAGCGCCAAAGCAGCAGCAGCAGCCCCAGCAACAGCAACAGCCAGCCGUACCGAAUCAGCAAGCACAACCUCAACAACAACAGCCGCAACAGGCACAACAACAAGUAGAGCAACCGCAGAUGGCACCACGGCAACAACCACAACCAGCAGAUGGUGGUGCUCAAGCUUCUGUAAAUACUCAACAACAAAACAUUCCGCCGAAAUAUUAAAGCGACAAGUCUUUUGAAUAUGCUUCCGCUAUACGUUAACGUUACACAGCUGCAGUUAUUUACUAAUCAAAUAAUCAUAUACGAUCAAAACAGAUGCCGUUUUUCUCACUGGCAUAAAUCAA